UGACCAGGUAUAUAUGAAGGAUGGCGAUUUACUGAAAGAAAUACAUUCUGAAUGAAACGGGAAAACUUUACGGCGGAAGUGCGAAAAAGAUAACUUUUAUUCCAUGGAACUUUGGACAGUUUACAGGCAAUGUCCUUGACUGUGUGAUGUUUCUUCUGGACGAGUUAUCAAACCUGCCCGAUAAUAAACGAGGCGACGCUGUCCAUGUAUCUCGUAAAAUCUCGAGUUUGGUGAAUAGUAAUGACGAAAAUGGGAUCAUUAUCGGAAACUGGAGUGGUCACUAUGACGACGGAAUUUCGCCGCUUGGUUGGACCGGAAGUGCGUCAAUUCUAGAUGAAUAUUUCAAAUAUAAGAAACCUGUGAAGUAUGGUCAAUGUUUUACGUUUUCUGGAGUUGUUACAACCGUAUGUAGAGCUCUAGGUAUACCAGCAAGAUCUGUGACAAAUUACAAUUCAGCACACGACACUGAUGGUAGUAUCACAGUAGAUACAUAUUUUGAUAGAAAUUUUGAAGAAAUUGGAGAGCUUAAUACAGAUUCUAUUUGGAAUUUUCAUUCAUGGAAUGAUGUGUGGAUGACUCGACCAGAUCUUCCACCAGGAUAUGAUGGCUGGCAAGCUAUAGAUUCUACACCGCAAGAACGGAGCAAGGGAAUUUACUGCUUAGGACCGAUGUCAUUGAAGGCAAUCAAAAGUGGGCGUGUUUAUCUUCCAUAUGACGGUCCAAUGGCAUUUGCCGAAGUGAACGCUGACAAAAUACUGUGGAUGAAUUAUUCACCAGGCAAGCUUCGAGCUGUGAAGACAGAUAAAAGUUUUGUUGGAAAGUUAAUCAGUACGAAGAAACCAUUGGCUAAUUCAGCUUCAACUGAUUGGAUGACUGGGUUAGAUAAAGAUAGAGAAGAUAUAACCGACCAAUAUAAAUUUCCGGAAGGUACAGAAGAAGAGCGCAUUGCAGUUGAAGAGGCCAAGUCUUAUAGAGCUAAUGAUGACUUUGAAGAUGACACUAAAAAGGAUGUUGAAUUUGAAGUCAGUGCUGACAAUAACACAUUUAUUGGGGAAACAUUACAAGUUUCACUAAAAGUAACGAAUCAGAGAAGCAAAAAGACAAGGACAGUUGUCGGUCUAAUUAACGUGAAGACAAUUUAUUACACGGGAGUACCGUACAAAGAGGUAGUAAAGGGAAAACUCCCAAGAACUGCAAUCAGCGGCAAGGAUGAGAAGAUGUUCAGAAUAGACGUGCCAGUAAACCGUUAUCUGGACAAAUUAACAGACCAUUUUUUCCUCAGUGUCACGUGUUCAUGUAUGAUUGAAGAAACCGAGCAAACAUUUGCCGACACUGUGGAAGUUCGACUUCGAAAACCUCAUCUUACUAUAGAGGCACCAGAUACUGGAUAUAUUGGACAGCCAUUCAAAGCUGAGACAACAUUCACAAACCCAUUACCUGUACCACUAACAAACUGUUACCUGCGAGCUGAAGGUCCCGGAAGACAGCUCCCUAUCACAUACAAGCUGCAGGGAAUUAAUCAAGGUCAAGCGGUGAAAAUCAUUGUGGGGUUUACUCCUGUCAAAGCCGGAGAGAAAGAAAUCAUCAUGAACUGUACGAGUGACCAACUGGCUAAUAUAAAUGCUACACGUCCCAUAUAUAUUAACGGAUAAAACGGCAAAAUACAGAAUUUAGUAAAGAUAAAAUGAUCAAAUGACGUAAUAUUUUAUUAUGAAUAAUUAUGAUAUGAUAGCCAACUGAUUAAGAGGUGAAUAAAUCAAAUAGAAUGAAUUCAUAUUGGCAAUAGCUAUUGGUAAUGCAUUAUUUAUACAGUUUAAAAUUUAAAAUAAAUAUUUCAUAUAUGAAUAUUUGUUGAAAUUUAUAUAAUGUGCAAUAA